UUGACUCAUUCAAUUCACUAGCUUUGUAUCGUGAUCCUCAUGCGCCAAAGAUGCGCCAAUAUGGCUUCAACCUAUCAAUGUCAUUUGUGCGGCCUGAUCUGGUAAUCCCUUAUCACCCAAGUCUCGUUAUCAUUCCCCAGCAUGGGAACUUAUCUCUUGACCCCGGAAUCCCCAGAGUUUGAGUCUCGGUAGAAUGGUCAGAGAUAAGGCUAAUGCUCUUCAAAUCCGGGCAGCCCUUCAAUUGGGCCGUACACUUGCCUUAUCUCUCUGGCUGCUGAAUGCCCUACAUACAUGUCUUGCAUAUAGUUUAUUUGGAUGUGAGACCAUUUCUGGGAUACAAAUGACAGGCAAUGCAUUGAACAGCGAGACAGAGGUUGGUCACAUGAUCGGAGUUCUGCUUCAUGCGCCGUAGAGACAACUACAUGCUUGUUUUCGUUUGAGCACCAUCUAAUCCAGAGCUUGUUGAUAGACUCAGGAGGUCAUUGGCAUACACGAAUGCAAGUGAUUGAAUUGAUUCAGGACACCAGCAGCCAUAAAACAUGACAUGUGGAAUCUUGUUGGACGCCCAGAAAGAUGUGGCUUUCGGAGAACAAACCAACGUUAUUCCCGGACAGGCGAUGUCCAAGUGCAAGAGAUCAAGGGACCAGUGGCAUCAGGACUGCAUUGAAACCAGCAGAUGUCCAUUGAAGUGAAUUCCCAUUGCUAAACUGGCAUCACGGCUAAGGUUAAGCACCCUCUGUAGCAUUGUAAAUGGAAAAGU